CCGCCUCUGUCCCCGCCCGUUCCCCGUGCGCAUGUGCCGGAAGCCUUUCUGGGAGGGCCCCCUUGGAGGGCCAGACAGAGAGCGAGAGAGAGCGUCGCCUAAGCUGCCGGCGCAGGCGGCGAGAGGAGCCUCGAUUCACCAACGCCGGGUGCGCCGGAGGCGUGACGUCAGCGCAUAGGGCGCCGCUGGCCCUUACGCCGCUGGCGCAGAGGCGUUGCUCUUUGCCUAUUCCUGCCUGCCUGGGCUGGAAGGAGAGAAAGAGGUUUAAAGAGGCAGCAGCCGCAGAUGGAAGGGCUGGUCGGGGGCAGGCCCUGGGGCCCCCGCCCCUGAAGAGCCAAGGGGAGGGGGAGGAAGCCAGGUGGCUCCAGUCAGGAGAGAGACCUCUGGCCAGCCGUCUUUCUUUCUGCAGACUCUGCUCGGCUUUCGGAUUCUUUGCGAGGAACCCCCAAGUUUGCUGGAACUCGAAACGAAAGCUGCUGCCUUCCUCGCGGCUUGGACGCCAAGGAUCGUCGCUGGACGUCCCCCUGCCCCCUUCCGCAAUGCCGUCUUCUCCAAAGAGUGGCCAGCCGGAAGCACCGGUGGGGAACCCGGCAGAUCCGGCGAGAGGACUCCCGUUCCACUAACCCGGCGCAUGCGGGCGGCAAUCCACCCCCCGUGCCCGCCCCGCCGCCGCCCGUGAUGGUUUAUUAACCAAGAAGAGUCCUGCAUUGACAUCUCCUCCUCUUCCUUUAUUCCCUCUCCCCCCCACACACACCCCAAGCCCCGCCUCACGUUUCGGCCAUUUGGGGAAUUGUAUGGCAGCGGCGUAACCGUGGAGAGGCCGGGGUAUCACAAACUUAUGGAUUUUGAUAAGAGAGGAGGGAAGGGGGAGAGCGAGGAGGGCAAAAGGAUGUCGAAGACGGGCGGCAGCCGGAACCCGCACGGGAGCCGGACAACAGGGACCAACUCCGGCGUCUUAAUGGUGGGCCCCAACUUCCGGGUAGGGAAGAAGAUCGGCUGCGGCAACUUCGGGGAGCUUCGGCUAGGAAAGAACCUCUAUACGAACGAAUACGUAGCAAUCAAGUUGGAACCCAUCAAAUCCAGAGCCCCACAGCUGCAUCUGGAGUACCGGUUUUACAAACAGCUUGGCAACGCAGAAGGCAUACCUCAGGUCUAUUACUUCGGCCCCUGCGGGAAGUACAACGCGAUGGUCUUGGAACUGCUGGGGCCCAGCCUGGAAGACCUCUUCGACCUCUGCGACCGGACCUUCACCCUCAAGACUGUCCUCAUGAUCGCCAUUCAACUGAUCACGCGGAUGGAGUACGUUCACACCAAAAGCCUGAUCUACAGGGACGUCAAGCCGGAGAACUUCCUGGUGGGGAGGCCCGGCAGCAAACGUCAGCACACCAUCCACAUCAUCGACUUCGGCCUGGCCAAAGAGUACAUUGACCCCGAGACCAAAAAACACAUCCCGUACCGAGAGCACAAGAGCCUGACAGGGACGGCCCGAUACAUGAGCAUCAACACACACCUAGGGAAAGAGCAAAGCCGCAGAGAUGAUUUGGAGGCACUGGGUCACAUGUUCAUGUACUUCCUGCGAGGAAGCCUACCCUGGCAAGGCCUCAAGGCGGACACGUUGAAGGAGCGGUAUCAGAAGAUCGGAGACACCAAGAGAGCCACACCGGUUGAAGCGCUGUGUGAAAACUUCCCCGAGGAAAUGGCCACGUACCUCCGUUAUGUGCGGCGUCUGGAUUUCUUUGAGAAACCGGACUACGAUUACUUGCGGAAACUCUUCACUGACCUUUUCGACCGGAACGGAUACGUCUUUGAUUACGAAUACGAUUGGGCUGGGAAACCUUUACCCACCCCCAUCGGCACCAUCCAGAGCGACGUCCAGGUCCAGCCUCGGGAGAAAGCGCAGCAGUACAUCAAGCAGCAGGUCAUGAGCUCCACCAACGGGGAGCUGAACACAGACGACCCGACCGCCGGCCACUCCAACGCCCCCAUCACUGCCCCUGCUGAAGUCGAGGUGGCAGACGACACAAAGUGCUGCUGUUUCUUCAAGAGAAGGAAGAGGAAAACCAUCCAGCGCCACAAGUGAGGCCUCCCUGGGGAAGAAGAGACCAGGACCUGUGGCCUGGCCUUCGUUACUUUUUGGCUUCCUGGCAAUGGAUUCAUAGAUCUCGGAUCUUGGUUCAGACGGGGGACGGGCUUCCCCACUCCAGUUGUGCUCGGGGGCGGGGGGGGCGUGAGCCACUUGGGACUCCACGGACUCUGCCUCUUCUCCCCCCCCCCACCCUCCUCCCGAGAGACACCAGAUGGGGGCCGUUCCCCUUGGGAGUGGGGAGCACCGUCGGACUUCUGCUUGAGCGCCCGUGGCCUCCUUGGCGUUUGGUCCUCAGAAAAGCAUUAACUAUUUAUGGAGCGGCCCGCCCACCUUUUCCUCUCUUUUCCCCCCUUCACCCUUUUCGUUUCACUGAACUGUCUUUUUUUUUUUUUUUUGGAAGAAAAUGGGGAACAAUCCUACGCAUUACCUUAGAAGCAGCAAAGAGACUAUUCUGAGAAAAGUGGCCGCAAAGAUUCCCCCCCCACCCUCCCAUUGCUUCUGUGUCUCUUAAGUUAAUUUAAAGAUGCGUUGGGAUCCUGCUCCCUGGGCUGUGAUGAAACCUCUCUCUCUUUCUUUCUCUUUUUUCUUUUGCUGGGUUUUUUUUCCUUUUUUUUUGAAAAGAGCUCCCUUCUUUUUCUUUUUUGGUUUCCUCCCCAUCUGCCACUUCAUCUGCUUCUAGGUGCCACUUCUAGCCACCCAGCCCACAAUUAGUUACUGACGAUGUUUGUCUGGGGGUCGGCCCCCCGCGCCCCCCCCCGAGCAUGGUGUGUGUGUGGGGGUGUACAACAGGCUGUGCGUGUGCACAUACAGCAAGAGGGGCUGGCUAGUUGUCACUCUUUUAUUUCCCAUUUCUCAAUGCACUUUUUUUCGUGGCAAUACAAGCGGCAUCUGUGUCUUGAA